AAUCCAGCGCGGUAGAAACAUGUUCUUCCAGGAUAAACCGACCCGCCGCGGGUCUCUGGGGCCGGCUUUGUGGAUCGGAGUCUGCCUGGGCUGUGUGUUGGUUCGGUCCGGAGCGGAGGGGGACAGCAGCAGUCCGUGGUACCAGGACCUCUGCAGUUAUACGUGGGAGGCUGUAGAUCAGGAUAACAAAGUGAAAUAUGCGCUGAAGCUCUGCGAGUCUUCGCCGGCGACCGGCUGUGGGGCCGGUGUUGCGGUUUGUGCUCAGAACCUCAGCAGCGGAGUGGACCAGUCUGUCGGUGACUUGUCGCUGCAGAGGCUCACUGGUUCUGUUCUCGAUUACAACAGCACAGUACAAUGUCCCGGAAGCAGCAACAACAUUCAGUCCAGCAUCAGCUUCCAGUGCGGGAAGACCAUGGGAACCCCAGAGUUUGUCGCUCUGUCUCAGUGUGUGCAUUACUUCGAGUGGAAGACCUACGCCGCCUGCAAGAGUGACAAGUUCAAGCCUCAUAAAGAGGUGCCCUGUUUCGUGUUUGACUCUGACGGUAAGAAGCACGACCUGAACCCUCUGAUAACUGACAGUGGUUAUCUGGUGGACGACGGGAACGACGACGGCAUCGACUUCUACAUCAACAUCUGCCGAAGUCUCAACAGUCCAGUUAAAUCAUGUCCAGAUGGUUCUGCAGCCUGCCUCGUCACCAAACAAGGCUCCUUCAACAUGGGCUCUCCGACCCGGCAGCUGGAGCUGGUGUCCAGUGACAGGUUGAGGCUACAGUAUGAAUUAAGUGCCGACUCUCCUCCGGAUAGGUGCGGAGAACACAAGCCGACUGUCAACAUCACCUUCAUCUGUCCAUCGAGCAGGCAUCUGGGAAGUUCUCCUAAGAUGAUAGCCGAGUCCAACUGCCGUUACGAGGUGGAGUGGGUGACUGAAUAUGCUUGCCACAGAGACUACCUGGAGAGCCACACCUGCAAACUGACUAGUGAACAGCACGACAUCUCUAUAGACCUCUCACCGCUCACCCUGACCUCUGGAGAACAGCCGUACUACGCUCACUCUGGAUCCAGUGACGACCCUGAGAGCUACACCUUCUACCUGAACGUGUGUGGAAAAGCCCCCACUAAUGAGUGUGGCAAAGAUCCUUUCGUCUCGUCCUGCCAGGUGAAGAUGUCCGGAAACAUAAAGAAGGUGGCUGGAAAAUUUCAGAACCAGAAGCUACGGUAUUCAGAUGGCGAUCUCACUCUGAUUUAUCCAGAUGGAAGCAAAUGUUCCUCCGGCUUCCAGAGGAUGACCAUCAUCAACUUUCAGUGCAACAAGGCUGCGUCCAAUGGAGGACGUGGGGAUCCAGUUUUUGCCGGUGAGACGGACUGCACUUACUACUUCAACUGGGACACAGCCUUCGCUUGUGUCAAGGAGAUGGAGGAUUUGUUGUGUCGGGUCAGAGAUGGCAACAAACGCUUCGACCUCUCACCCCUGACUAAAUACCCUGCGUCAGAUGACAGUGAGAACUGGGAGGUUGUGGAUUCUACGUCUGCACAGUCGGACUCGAACCCGAUUCACAACUCUCGUUUCUACCUGAACGUCUGCCACAAAAUCAUCCAGAGAGGAGGUGCUGCUUUGUGUCCAGAGGAGGCCGCCAUCUGCGCUGUGGAUAAGAAAAACCAAACCAUCAGCCUGGGCAGCUUCCUCGCUCCUCCUAAGAUGACUAAAACAGGAAGUGACAUCAGACUGAUGUAUACCGAUGGAAACAUUUGUCCCGGUAACGAGAAGACCAGGAUCCAAACUGUCCUGACUCUCAAAUGCAAACCAGGAGAUUUCGAGAGUCCUCCUAUCCUUCUUAGCGUUUCUCCUGAUUCGUGCGUUUAUGUGUUGGAGUGGUACACGGCUGCUGCCUGCGUCCUCUCAAAGACUCAACAAGACAACUGCAAAGUGGAGGACCCUCAGGCGGAGUUCUCAUUCGACUUGUCUCCUCUCACCAAACCGAAUGGCGGUUUCUACAAUUUGACCAGCGGCGGCUACAACUACUACAUCAACGUUUGUGGUCCAGUGACGAAAGAAACCUGUCCUCAGAAGGCCGGAGCAUGCCAAGUGGGAAAAAACUCCUGGAGUCUCGGGGAGGCAAACUCCCAUUUGUCCUACUACAAUGGCCUGAUCCAGCUCACCUACCGAAAUGGAUCCCAGUACAACGAUGCAAAACACACUUUCAGAUCUACCCUCAUCUCUUUCCUCUGCGACCCAGAGGCUGGACCAGGAAACCCUGAUUACCAGACUGAAGACAAUUACACGUACAACUUCCUGUGGUACACGUCCUACGCCUGUCCUCAGAGGGCGCACGAGUGUUUGGUGACGGAUCCCAGCACUCGGGACCAGUACGACUUAUCCAGCCUGUCGCGCUCCUCCUCUACCAGAAACUGGGUGGUGAUUGAUCGGUCGGACAACGCGGGCCUGAAGAAGUACUACAUCAACAUAUGUCGGCCCAUCAUACCGGUGUCGGGCUGUGACCGCGAUACAUCGGUCUGCGAGAUGAAAUAUGAAACCGGGCAGGGCUCUCCGAAGGAGGUGGUAUCCGUCAGUAACAUGGGGGUGUUCAAACGAGGACCCAUCAUAGAGGGACGGGACCGGCUGCUGCUGGAGUUCACAGGUGGUUCUGUCUGCAUGUCAGAAGGUCAGCAGCUCUCCUACACGACUCGGAUCCACCUGGUCUGCUCCAGAGGAAGCACCUCCAUGCGCCCGCGCUUCCUGAUUAGCCAGAACUGCACCGUGACCUUUAUGUGGGAGACCAGAGCAGCCUGUUCCAUCACAACCACCAAAAACAAUACGUGUGCGGUUGUGGACCCCAAUUCUGGUUUUGAGUUCAACCUUAAGCCUUUGGCCAUUAAAGACGGAUAUAACACAACCGCUAACGGCAAAAACUUCCUGCUGAACAUCUGUGAAGAUGCACCAAAAUGUGGGACGGGUAUGGCCGGCUGCGAGCUGGAGAACGGACAGCCGGUCAAUCCGGUGGGGGUGGAGAAGACCCUCCAGUACUCCACUGAUGGCGUCCUCCAGCUAACGUACAGAGGGCAGCUGGAUGUUCCCACAGCUUCCAGAGUCACGUUCACAAUUAAUUUUCUGUGCGAUCCAAAAUCGUCCCUGGGCUCAUUAAAACUAGUCCAAGAAGAUUUGAGCACGUCAGCCAGCCAUGCGACCCACGACGCUCUGUUUGAGUUCUCCACGGCUCUGGCCUGCGAGCCUGCUCCAGUUUCCUGCAGAAUCACCGAUCCUCACGGCAACGAGUACGACCUGAGCCACCUGGUCAGAAAUGCUGACGACAACCCCUGGAUUCCCAUCAAUACAGAUGUGGAGACAAACCGCAAAUUUUACAUAAACAUCUGUAAACCUCUGCCAACUGUACAUGGCUGUCCAGUGGGUCCUUUAGGUGCUUGUGCUGUGAUCAAUGAGAAAGGUUUCAACCUGGGCUACGUUCAGUCGAGCCCGCAGGUGGCGGACGACGGCUCCAUCAGCAUCGUUUAUCACAGCGGAGACAGGUGUGGAUCUUCAGCCCGCUUCUCCACACGCAUCAUCAUCCAGUGUGACGACAACCCGGGCUCUCCCAUGUUUGAUCGCCAAGACGGUUGUGAAUAUGUCUUCGUCUGGAGGACGUCUGAGGCCUGUCCUGUCCGGAAGUCUCAGGGUGAUAACUGCCGUGUUCGUGACCCUAAAAGUGGCUACGAGUUUGACUUCAGCUCCCUGAAGAGCAAAGAUUACAAUGUUACCAGCGGCAAAUACACCUACCACCUGUCUGUCUGCAAGGGGCUGCAGGGAGACAUCUGCGCUCACAAAGGCUCCAAAUCCGUGUCGUCCUGCCAGGCUGACGGAGGAAAACACAAAAUCGCUGGACUAACAAACCAGAUCCUGUCCUUCGUGGGGGAUCAGAUCAUCCUGAACUACACAGAUGGAGAAACCUGUCAUCGAGUCUACAACAGAUCCACAGCCAUCUCCUUCUCCUGCAGCCCCGACAGGCAUCCUGGAGAACCAGAGUUCAUAAAAGAGACUCCGGAGUGUACCUACAUGUUCGACUGGCCCACGGCGCUGGCCUGCGUCCCACUUAAAACCACCAGCUGCUCCUACAUUGACGGUCAGGGCCACUCCUAUGACCUUUCACCUCUGGCUUUGGACUCUCAGAACUGGGAGGUGGAACUUUCUACGGGAGACACCAGGAAGCGGUUUUACAUCAACGUGUGCAGGUCCCUGGUGCAGCAGGGAGGGAAGUGGAAGUGUCCUUCCGGCUCUGCGUCCUGCAUGAAGGAUGGAGACGAUUACGUGAGUCUGGGACAGGUGGAGUCCAGUCCCAUGUGGGACAGUACCGUCCUGAAGCUGCAGUACACCAGCGGACAGGCCUGCCCCGACGAAAGCCGGAACAGGACCAGCAUCAUCCGCUUCAAGUGCGACAAAGAUAAAGUGGAUUCCCGGCCCACUUUGAUCUCUGAGAUCGAGGACUGUGUGUACACCUUCCUGUGGUUAACAGCAGCUGCUUGUCCUUUAAACAGCGUCCAACAGGACGACUGCAGAGUCACCAACCCCGCCACAGGGCAUUUGUUUGACCUGAACUCUUUGCAGAAAGCCGACGGUUACACGGUUUACGAUCAUGAAAACACAAAGAUGUUCCGCAUGAACGUCUGCGGAGAGAUGACCAACAGCGGCUGCGACCCGGGCACCGCCGUGUGUAUAAAGGGAGGAGACUCGGUGGUCAGCGGCGGUCAGGUGAGCAGGAAACUCGUCUACAAGGACCACGUCGUGGAGCUGACGUACGAAGGAGGAAGCACCUGCUCUGCGAACUCCUCCCUGAAACACAAAACCAUCGUGCACUUUAUCUGCAGACCAUCUAGCAUGGACCUGACCCCUGAAGAACUGGUUCUCAUCGACUCAAACGCUGAAACGUGCACACACUUCUUCUCUGUGCACACACCCCUGCUGUGUGAACAAACCGUAACUUGUUCAGUCCAGAACGGCUCUGCUCUGAUAGACCUGACUCCUCUCAUUCACAUCAGUGGGUUCUACACAGCGACAGAUGAUGCAGUGGACCAAAAUAAUGCAUCUCCAGACUUUUACAUCAACAUCUGUCAGCCGCUGAACCCCAUCCCUGGAGUCACCUGUCCACCUGGAGCUGCUGUCUGUAUGGACCCUGAUAACGGACCACCUAAGGACAUUGGGCGGACCACCAGCGGUCCUCAGGUGAACAGUGUGACAGGUAAGGUGUUCAUCACCUACCUAAGCUCCACCAGCUGUGAUGCUGACCCCUCAAAGAACUACUCCUCAACCAUCAUCUUUACCUGCCAGAGAGGCCUGGAGCUGGGUUCUCCUCAGAUGCUGGAGCUCCAGGGUUGUAUUUAUUUGUUUGAGUGGGCGACCCCUCUAGUUUGCUCCGAUGCCACUCAGACCAGCGGCUGCAACCUCACAGACUCCCAGCUCCAGUUCACCUUUGACCUUGGCACCCUCGCUGAUGAAUUUCAGGUCAAUGGGAGCUCUGGCAUGUAUCACAUCCACGUCUGCGGUUCGGUGGCAGAGCAGGCCUGUAACCAGAGUGCCAUUUGUCAGGUGUCCGGUUCUGGUUCUGACAAGUCCGCUUCAUCGUUUGGCAUCAGCAAAGUCAUGACGAUGGACUACAAACAUGACGAGGAGGCGGUGCUGAUGCAGUACGGUGGAGGAGCCCCCUGCCCCCCAGUGACGGUUCAUGAAAAAGCGUGUGUGUUCCCGUUCACCUACAUGAAGAAGCAGUAUCAAGAGUGCACCACAGACGGAAGUACCGAUGGCAGGAAGUGGUGCUCGACCACUUCCAACUAUGACCGUGACAAGAAGUGGGGGCACUGCAGCAAAGUUUCAGCCAAGCGUCAGUCCUCCAUCUUGUUCACCUGCGACCAGUCUGCAGGCCGCGGCUCCCCUCAGCUGCUGUCGGAGACGGCGGGUUGUUCGGCCGCGUUCCAGUGGCGCACCAACGCCGUUUGUCUCCCCAAGAAGAUGGAGUGCAAGUUGGUCAGUCAGCACAAGACCUUCACCUUCAGGUCCCUGUCGUCCCUCACGGAGCCGUGGAAGUUCAAGACCGAAGAAUAUUCGUACUACAUCAACCUGUGUCAGGGGAUCCACGGCGGGCUGACGGACUGUCCAGAGGGGGCAGCGGUGUGCCGACACUCAUCAGGACAGACUCAGACUCUGGGACGAGUUUACACUCAGAAAAUGAACUACACUGAUGGAAAGAUCUUCGUCAGCUACUCGGCAGGAGAUGACGUUUGUGGCAACGGCAGGAAGGCCAGGACGGUGAUCCAGCUGAGCUGUGGCCGUACAGUUGGUCACCCGUCACUCCUCAGAGUCGACGCAGCGUCCUGUGAGUUUGUGAUUGGCUGGGAGACUCUGUACGCCUGCGAGGAGAAACAACGCGAGGUGGAGAUGGAGAAUGGGACGAUAAAGAUUCCCGACACCGGAGCCGUUCUGAGUCUGGGAGCGCUCUACUUCAGCCCUCACAAGGCGUCUGGAGACAUCCGUCCCAACGGCGACAGCUACAUCUACCACAUCCAGCUGUCGGGCAUCACCAACAGCUCCCUGACCAGUUGUGUUGGUGCCACCAUCUGCCAGGUCAAGCUGAAUGAUAUCUACAGACGUAAGAUUGGCCUCUCCACCAAAGCCAAGUAUUACAUUAAAGGAGGAAAUUUGGACGUAAUGGUUCCCACUGACUCAAAGUGUGGCCGUGCAAAGACCAAGUCAGUCUCGUCCAUCAUCAUGUUCCACUGCAAACCUUUAGCAGGCGUCGGUAUCCCAGAGUUCCUGCUGGAGACGGACGAGUGCCAGUAUCUGUUCAUGUGGCACACAGAAGCUGUGUGUGGUCUCACAACUGUUGACAGACAGACGACGGACGGCGACGACUUCACUCCAGCUUCUUCUGGGCGGAGCCAGACGGCGGGACUCCUGAUGACCGUCCUGUUGGUGUGUCUGAUCAUCUGUCUGCUGGGGCUUUUGCUCCACAAGAGAGAGAGGAGGGAACUGGUGAUGCAGAAGGUCGCUGGUUGUUGCAGGAGAGGAAACCAAGUCUCCUAUAAAUAUUCAAAGGUCAACACAGACGAAGGAGGUGAAGAGGAGAUGGAGUGGCUGAUGGAGGAGCUCGAAGCCCCUCCUUCUUCCUCCUCCUCCCACCGCGGCAGGAGUAACCAUAGCAACGGCCACAUCAGGACCAAGCGCGUGAACACGGAGGGCCUGCGGUCGUUCUCGCUGGACGAGCAGGAGGACGACAGCGAGGACGAGGUCCUGAGCGUCCCAGGGGUCCGAGUGGUCAAACCGUCCUCUGUCUCCUCCAGGAAGUCCACGACCCAUCACACCGCCUUCCUGCAGGAGGAGAGCGACGAGGACCUGGUCGGCCUCCUGGACGAGUCGGACCGGGAGAGGAAGAGCAGAGGAGCUCGUUCUUCAGGCCUCAGUCACGGUAACGCCACCAGGAAACGGGAGGAGGAGGACAGCGACGAGGACCUCCUCAGGGUGUGAUGUCACCUCCCCCUUCCUGUUUCACUCCGUCCAAUCAGAACUCUUCUCUCAGUGAAUGUCUCCACGAUAACAACAACUUCCUGAAAGCAGAACUCUUUUCUCUGUCGGGGGACGGUUUUUGUUGAGCUGCACCUUCGCUCGACCUCCUCGGACUCGGUUCACC